ACGACAUGUCGACUUGCGAAAUCAUACUCCGUAUACUUCACCUCAUCAGCGAUGCCCAAGACAGAGACGGACGAACUCAACCCUUACUGCAGCCAUUAAUUCUCUAUGCGUCCAGCGUCAUAUAUAUUGCCGGAAAUAUCCUUCACCGGAGAAGCGAGGUUGACUGACCAACCUGACCAGUACCGCCGCUGAGGCGCCGUACAGAAGGAGAGUCCGUAAUCCGUAUCUACGUCGACAGGGAGUAACAGAGCAGACCGCCGGCGGUAACGCUGGGAAUUCCGACCGGAGGAGGAAACCAGUCCAUCGGACCACCUGUGCCGCCAGACCAUCGUUCAAGUAUUCCACCGCUGGUAUAUAUACCCCACUGCCAAUGCCCGAAGGAAAGAACAUCGACGAAGGAGAGACCAUUUCCGACGUCGAGAGGAGGCUGCCGGAGACGUUCUACAUCGCUGCAACUUCUGCUGCGAGGAAGAGGGGAGCUACAGCAGUUCGCUCUUGUUGAUCCAGGAGUAUUAUCUCUGGAAGGAGAAGUGCUGCCGGAAGCCGCCGCAUAGAGAGCCGGUCACCUCUUCUUUUUCCGCCAAAGAAGGACGACAUACAAAGGUGAAUUUGGAGACGGUCAAGAUAGAAGCUUCGGUUAGGAUUUACCGCAAUUUGAGGAAUUGAGGAUCAUGUUGAAGUUGAUUUCGAGAGCUUCCGCUAGAACACAUAGACUAAAGUGAUUUGAGUAAUUUAUUUUAGUCUUAAUUUUAAAGAAUUGUAGUUGAACAAUUAAUUAACUAAAAUUUUAAUUGUUGGUGGUGGAUAGCCUGUGCACUCGGUUAUGUGAGAACCGAGUGUGGCGGUAACGCCCCAGUUUCCCUUUGAAUUUUCCGCUGCAUAAUUCUGAUAAAUCAUUAUUUAAAUGUAUUUUUGGGUGGGAAAUUUGGGGGUGUUACAAGUUGGUAUCAGAGCCUUUGAUUUUUUUUAAUGGGGUUUCCAAAUAAAAGUAUUUCCUAAAGUGACUAUGGUUUUAAAAAAAAAAGUUUCGAACAUUUUUUUUGACCUUCUAAACCUUCAAUGAGUAAUACCAACAAGUUGGUAUUAGAGAAAUGUUUUUCUGAGGAAUCUUUUUCAAAGUGUUCUUCCAAAGAGUUUUCUAAAAAAAAAAUUAUUUCAAAAGAUUUCUAAUGUUUUGUAAAUUUUCUUAAGUGAUACCAACAAGUUGGUAUCAGAGACUUACGGUUUUCGAAUGGGGAUUUUUGCAUAAAAGUUUUCCUUCAAUGACUUCGGUUUUCAAAAAGGAGUUACUAAAGUUUUCUAAAAUUUUGAUUUUCAAAAAAAAAAAAAGUUUUCUAAGAUUUUCUAAAACUCCAACUAGUGAUAUCGGCCAACAAGUUGGUAUAAAGAUUUUCUUUUCUAAAACAUAUAAAAAAAAUUACAAGACGUUUUCUCAAAUGUUAAAAAAAAAGAAGUUGAAACCCGUUUUUCUAAAUGUGUUUUGAAGAAAAAAAAUAAACAUAAGAAUAAUAAUUGGACUAAGAAAUAAUAUAUUUAGGAUCGUGGUGAGAAUGUGAGGUUUUGAAUUUCUAUUCUGGUGGAGUUUGUGGUUCUUUGAAUUGUUUGAGUUAUACUUAUAUGAGAUAUAUCAUUAUUGAUUCAGUUGAGAAUGAGUUUGGACUUUUAGGGGAACUUACAAAAUUAUGUGAAUAGUGAGUUAUUAGGUAAGGUAGUAUAAUUGUGAAUAUCAUUCGAUAUACUUCAUGUCCUAAACAUUAUUCUUUCAAGUAGACAAUGAAGGCAACAAGAAACAAAGUAGAAGACAAUGUCGCCGCACCGACGAAUGCGGAGUUGACUCAAAAUAUGGUUCAACUCAUCCAGACUAUCGGGAGUGUGUUAGUUCAGAACCAACACCAACAACGUCUCAAAAACCACAAUGAUUUAGCGAAACUUGUAGCGAAGUGCAAUCCACCGUGUUAUUUAGGCCAAGAAGAUCCUCUCAUCCUUGAGGAUUGGAUUCGCACUUUCGACAAACUUUUCGACACUAUAAACUGCCCUGCAGAUCAACGAAUUAAUACGGCUGCGUACUAUCUACGUCAAGAAGCAGACAAUUGGUGGGCCACGACUGCCCCAACGUUGCGUCAACAACCUGACUUUUCUUGGGAGACGUUCAAGGAGGCAAUGCGAAAGAGAUUCUACCCAGAGCACGUGAGAGCUGAGAAGUAUGAAGAAUUCUUACACCUAAAGCAAGUGGGUAUGACUGUCCAAGAGUAUCACGCUAAAUUCUUGAAUCUCGCACGAUUUGCACCAACACUAGUUCCCGAUGAAAUCGAGAAAACAAAUAAGUUUAUACGCGGUCUGAACUUCGAGACGCAAAAAGCUCUUUGCGUUUCAGAAUGCCAAACGUUGAACGAUGCCUACAACAAAGCUGGCAAGCACUAUCGAGUGCAACAACUCCAGAAAAAAACACUCAAGAGAGCGAGGAAGGGGACUGAAGGAGAAAGCAAACCAAGAGGCAAACAACGUGAGCUAAAUCAACUAGGGCACACUCGGAACGGGAAGAAGAACAACAACCAAGGCCAAGCCCAGAAGCGUAAAAAGAAGAACUCAACUGAAGAGAUGCACUUCUACUGCUCGAAGUGUGGAAAAGAUCACCCCGGGAAAUACUGUGACGGAACACUCGUACGAUGUUUUCAUUGUGACAAGCUUGGACAUAGGGUGUUCGGGUGCCAUUCAAGGAAGAAGGGAAUCCCUCCAACUCGCGGACUCAAUCAUCAUGAGAAGAGUGCAAGACACAAUGGAAGAAUCCGAAAAUAGUAGGCAAAAUCAUAUAAAAUUUCUAAUUUUCAAUAUUAAUAAAUCUGUUUGAGGAUUGUGUAUCAUUUUGAUCUUAAAUGAAUAAUCUAUUUUCUUAAGUAAGUUAAAUGCUUCGGGAACGAAGCAUUCUUUUAAGGAGGGUAGAAUGUGACACUCCUAAAUUUAAUAAAAAGAAUUUCAUAUUAACUAGCACGUGACACCUGCUAAUUUUGUGGUGGAUAUUUUCUUAGCUUAUGCUUCGGGACGAAGCAUCUUUUAAGGAUGGUAGAAUGUGACACCCCGAAAAAUUGCAAUAAAGUAAAUAAAUUUUAUUAGUGAGAUAAAAUGUUACGAAAGUCACAUUUUAAUAAUUAAGUGAUUCAGAUAAUAUUUUAACAUCGGUGACAACUUUAAUCAGAUAAAAAUGUUUCAAUAAUAAAAGUGACAUUUUUAUAAUAAUUAUGUUGAUCAAAUAGGAUCUUGACUUAAAUAACAAAAGUAACAUUUUUGUAACAACUGAUAAUUACACAUGGAGUAUACAUAAUAUAUAUAAGUGACAUUAUUUUAAAAAGAGGGGCCGAUAGGAUUCAUGUUCACAACUAAACUAUAAGGGGUAUAAAAUACAUAUGGCAUAUACUUCGUAUGUUCUUAUUAUACAAGAGUAGUUGUACGCAUAAAAGUAAAGAAAAAAAAACCCCAUACAGUGAAGCUAGCUAAUAAAUUAUGCUAUGUACUGACUCGCACAUGGGAAAGAGUUAAUCGAACUUGCUCUUAGACAAAUAUAGAGAAUGAUACAAGGUGCCUAUGUGAAUCCCAUGUGACACACAUGACAUUCCCAUGUAUGUAUGUUCGGACACCACAUGUACAUGCCUCCCAUAUGCAUUUGUCUUCCCAUUCUCAAUCAUAAUCCACCCCGAAUAAAACCAAUGCGCUGGGACAUAAGGCUGGCUAUAUAGUACUUGUGUUUUCAUACGUCCGCCCGCCACAUAUAUAUACAUGUAUAUAUCGUUACAUUUCCUACGACAUGUCGACUUGCGAAAUCAUACUCCGUAUACUUCACCUCAUCAGCGAUGCCCAAGACAGAGACGGACGAACUCAACCCUUACUGCAGCCAUUAAUUCUCUAUGCGUCCAGCGUCAUAUAUAUUGCCGGAAAUAUCCUUCACCGGAGAAGCGAGGUUGACUGACCAACCUGACCAGUACCGCCGCUGAGGCGCCGUACAGAAGGAGAGUCCGUAAUCCGUAUCUACGUCGACAGGGAGUAACAGAGCAGACCGCCGGCGGUAACGCUGGGAAUUCCGACCGGAGGAGGAAACCAGUCCAUCGGACCACCUGUGCCGCCAGACCAUCGUUCAAGUAUUCCACCGCUGGUAUAUAUACCCCACUGCCAAUGCCCGAAGGAAAGAACAUCGACGAAGGAGAGACCAUUUCCGACGUCGAGAGGAGGCUGCCGGAGACGUUCUACAUCGCUGCAACUUCUGCUGCGAGGAAGAGGGGAGCUACAGCAGUUCGCUCUUGUUGAUCCAGGAGUAUUAUCUCUGGAAGGAGAAGUGCUGCCGGAAGCCGCCGCAUAGAGAGCCGGUCACCUCUUCUUUUUCCGCCAAAGAAGGACGACAUACAAAGGUGAAUUUGGAGACGGUCAAGAUAGAAGCUUCGGUUAGGAUUUACCGCAAUUUGAGGAAUUGAGGAUCAUGUUGAAGUUGAUUUCGAGAGCUUCCGCUAGAACACAUAGACUAAAGUGAUUUGAGUAAUUUAUUUUAGUCUUAAUUUUAAAGAAUUGUAGUUGAACAAUUAAUUAACUAAAAUUUUAAUUGUUGGUGGUGGAUAGCCUGUGCACUCGGUUAUGUGAGAACCGAGUGUGGCGGUAACGCCCCAGUUUCCCUUUGAAUUUUCCGCUGCAUAAUUCUGAUAAAUCAUUAUUUAAAUGUAUUUUUGGGUGGGAAAUUUGGGGGUGUUACACCUAUAAACAAGCUUCCAAAUUUCCUGAAUGGCAGAAUGCCAUGUCAACUGAAAUACAGGCUCUUGAGAAAAAUAAUACCUGGAUUUUAGUUGACCCUCCUGCUAAUCAUAAUAUCAUAGGCUGUAAAUGGGUUUUCAAAACCAAAUUAAAAUCUGAUGGUUCUUUAGAUAGAUAUAAAGCAAGAUUAGUUGCUAAAGGCUAUACUCAAGAAGAGGGCUUUGAUUAUUUUGACACCUUUUCCCCUGUUGUCAAAAUAACUACUAUAAGAAUUAUUUUAGCAAUUGCUAGUGCUAAAAAUUGGUUUUUACAUCAGUUAGACAUUAACAAUGCUUUUUUACAUGGUGAUUUAAAUGAGGACAUCUUUAUGCAGCCCCCUCCAGGGUAUUUAGCUCCCAAUGAUAACAGAGUGUGUAAACUUAUCAAAAGUCUGUAUGGUCUAAAGCAGGCUUCUAGACAAUGGUUCUGUAAGCUCUCUGACUCCUUAAAAUUGAUUGGUUACAAGCAAUCUCAAGCAGAUUUUUCAUUAUUUACCAAAACUGAUAAUACUUCUUUCACUGUUCUUCUUAUUUAUGUAGAUGAUAUUAUUCUUGCUGGUAAUAGCAUAGAAGAAAUCACUGCAGUAAAAACUUUUUUACAUAACAAAUUUACCAUUAAAGAUAUUGGAGAAUUAAAAUAUAUCUUGGGUAUUGAGAUUGCCAGAUCUGAUAAAGGUUUAAAUCUUUGUCAGAGAAAGUAUACACUUGACAUUCUUAAUGAAUAUGGUUACUUAAACUCUAAACCUUACACCACACCUAUGGACUCCAAACUUAAGUUUUCCAAAAAAGAUGGUACUAUUUUAGAUAAUCCUAAAGCAUAUAGAACCUUAAUUGGCAAACUGUUAUAUUUAACUGUUACAAGGCCUGACAUUGCUUAUAGUGUUCAGGUCCUUAGUCAAUUUCUUUCUUCUCCUACUGACAUUCACAUGAGUGCAGCUCAUAGAAUUCUAAGGUAUCUUAAGAAUUCUCCAGGUAAAGGUCUUUUCUAUCCAUCUAUUUCUGAUUUUUGCAUUCAAGGUUAUACUGACUCUGACUGGGCUGCUUGUUUAGAUACUAGAAGAAGUGUUUCUGGUUAUGCAUUUUAUCUUGGUAAUGCUUUAAUAUCAUGGAAAUCUAAAAAACAGCAAGUGGUAAGUAGGUCUUCAACUGAAGCUGAAUAUAGAGCUGCUGCUAAUGCAGUUUGUGAAGCACAAUGGUUAUAUUAUAUUCUUCAUGAUCUGCAUAUACAUUUUACCUCACCUAUUAUUAUAUAUACUGAUAAUAAAUCUACUUAUCAUUUAGCUCAUAAUCCCAUUCAACAUCAAAGAACAAAACAUAUAGAAUUAGACUGUCAUUUGAUUAGAGAAAAAAUAAAUUCUGGUUUAAUAUCUCUGGUCCAUAUUAAAAAUAAUUUUCAACUUGCAGAUAUCUAUACUAAACCACUUGGGAAUCCACUCUUCAACCAAUUUGCAGCCAAGAUGAACAUGAUGGACAUCCAUGCUCCUCUUGAGGGGGCGUAUCAAGAAUAAUUAUCUGGGCUAGCUUAUUUUUCAUUAAGUCUUUUGGGCCUUUUAUAUUUUCCAUUGGACUUUAGUUAUACUUUGUAAACAGGCAUAUAUAUCUUCUGAUCCUUGUAAAUUAGGUUAAGUUUUCUCAUUCAAGUAAUACUGAAAACACGCUCCUGAGCUCUGCGAAACUUUCAAUCAUCUUCUUCAUUCAAUAGAU